AGAGGAGAUGGUGAACAUCGUUAAGAAGAAGGUAGUGAAGAGGGUGAUAGAGAGCGUGUCUCAGGUAGGGAUAAAGAAUGAGGUGAGGGAGGUAGAGCCCAUGGUGAAGAUGGACACACGUUUCUUCGGAGAGCUGCUGGCGGAGGUUUACAGGAAGAACUGUGACAUCCACACCUGCAUCUCAGAACACGUGGCCAAGAUACGUGGAAGGAAACACCUCUUAGAUCCCAGUAAUGACUACAAGGUAGAGAGAGAGGACAUUGAGGCCCUGAUCCCCAAAGGAGCAUCUGAGCUGACCAAACAGCAGCUCCGCUACCUGCUGCAGACCCGUAUGACAGCAGACAAGACAAUGCGUCUCCUUCUGACUACCUUCAGCAGUCUGAGGGAGGAGCUGAUCCACAUGUCAGAAGAUCUGAGGCGUCUGGAAAGUGAGAAGGAGUCCCUGGAGAGAGACCUGAGCUUCAAGGCUGACCAGGCUGAGCAGUAUGACCGCCUCCUAGAAGCCAUACGAGAGAACAACAGACAGCUACAGAUAUCUCUGAAGGAGACCAGCUCCAGCCAGCGGACCCUGGAGACUCAGCUCCUGAGCAGCCGCACUACAGACUCAAACAGGGACUUCCGCAUCAAAGAACUGGAGGGCAGCUACCGAGCCCUGGAGAAGGAAAAUGAGAUGCUUAAACAGAAGUUGGCUGGCCAGUGCAGCAGUAGCACCAUUCAGAUGAAUACAGAGGAGCUGUCGCGUCAGUACUCAGAGCAGCUAGCUGCCCUGCGCCAGGAGAAGGACAAGGAACUGCAGAGCCUCAGGACCCAGCUGACGCGGAUCACCACAGAGUACACCACGGAGAGGUCAGGUGACAAGAGCCUGCAUCUCCGCAUCACACAGCUGCUGACAACACUGGAGCAGCGGGAGGUCGUCAUCAAACGUCAGGAAGAGGAGAUCUGGCAGUUGCAGCAGGAGAAGAAGAGAGACAGCUCCAAGAACGUUACCACGACCACUAUCACCAAAAGGUACAGGAACCAGUACCCCCUCCUGGGCCUGCUAACUGAUGACUACAAUUCCACAUCGCCCGUCAAGGAUACCAAGACCAUCGUAAUCGAGAGCCGGACGGGGGAGAUGAUCAAACAGCUGAUGGAUUAACCCUUCACGCCAUAACGACCGUAUCCGUGUUCUGUUCAUCUCGAAACAGGAAAUCAUUACAACCCCUUAAAGACACUGCUUCUCUCGGACAAAUUACAACCCCUUAAAGACACUGCUUCUCUCGGACAAAUUACAACCCCUUAAAGACACUGCUUCUCUCUGCUCUGCACAGGAAUGAAUGACAAGAAGACCUUGACACCCCCCCCCCCCCCCCAGCAUGCUUCCCUCUCCCCGUCCCUCCUCCUCGGGGCUCCCAGGGUGGUGGUGGCUGGGGUUAGGCACCCCUAUAUAUGGGAUGAGUGGUUUGGACCAAAUGGGGUUUGCUUGGACAGGAGGCUUCACUUUGGUUGGGAUGGGGGGCAUCAAAUACUCAACAACCAAAUAUGUUAUUGUAGAAGCUUAGCGGUUAAGAGUUAGGCCAGUAACCGAAAAGGUUGCUGGUUCGAAAUCCCUGAGCAGACUAGGUGAAAAAUCUGUCUGUGCCCUUGAGUAAGGCACUUAACCCUAAUUUCACCAGUAAGUCGCUCUGGAUAAGAACAUCUGCUAAAUGACUAAAAUGUAAAAUGCUUAUGCUACAGCCAGGAGGGCUGAGAGGGGACAGGAAGAGGGGGCUGGGGCUUAUUAGUAUGCAGCUCACUAGUGUGUCUGUCCUCCAUGGAGCCACCACUACCCUGCUAGUCUUUAAGACAUCUCCUCUAAAUGUGCUAUGGUGAUAGUAUGGUUACUAUGCAUAUAAAUAAGGAAGCUAAAUAUGCUUUAGUUAUGCGCUAAUUAAAGAGACUGUAUGGUAAAAUUUGCUUUGGGAGACAUAAAAAAGAAAUCUGCCUCUGUUCUGGUCAUUUGCUUUUCUUUUGUGGCAAGGUAAUGGUACAUAGUUGUGUUAUGUUUCAGCUGCAUUUUGUUUCAUGUUUAUACUUUAAGAGGUGCAUGGGUAUGUUUUGUUGUUGUUAUUGAAUGGAACGCUGCGCUUGGGGUUCGGGAGGAGGGUUGGAGUGGGGUGUAUUAGAAUAUGAAUGACUGGGUUGGACAUGGCCUGGGGCAUGGUUCUAUGGAUGAUAUAAAAUGGUGGAUGAAUUGAACAUUUUAAAAGUACAAUAAACAAUGUAUGGAGUA